GGAGCGCAGAGCCUCAACAAGGACAGCAGGAAAACUCUUUGGCCAGCAGAGAGGAGCGCGACGCCGGACUGACUUUAACCCUUUUUUUUCUUUUUAAAAGAAAAAAAAUCAACUUGGGAAAUUCCGGAGCAAACCUGAAACUUGUGUGGUCGGAGGACGAACCGUCGGCUCAGCAUGGCAUCUCUGGUGAACUCUGCGUGCCUCCUGUUCUUGCCUGUUGCUCUGCUUCUGAUGUUGAGCCCGUGGCCUGUCGCUGCAGCCUCAGCCAGGAGGUGUCACUCUAUCUACAAGGGAUUCGCACAAUGUCUGAUGGCUCUUGGCGAUAGUCUGACCGACAACGCUCGCAAGGACGAGGACACGCACGAGAUACACUCCAUCUGCAGGUCAUGGGACGAGUUCCACGAUUGCGCUAACGUGGCGAUGGCUGGAUGUCCAGACGAAGCGGCGGCGGUCUGGGAGUCUCUCCGCCAGGAAUCCAAGAAGAUGCAGUUCUCCGGAAACCUUUACGACAUGUGCUCCAACCGCGACAUCCACCCAGCACCUUCAGUCUCCCCGAACAAGGAGGAGAUCAACCAGGAGUCUCUAAGAGGGCACGCCAAUCACCUGGCCAGCAGCCUCCACCUUCCCCUGUUCCUGUCUCCUCUGCUACUGCUCUUGUUGUUUUGGAUAUAACUCCCCUCAAGAAAUGGGACUAGUGUGAAUAGAUUAAAAAAAAAACUUUGUGUAUUUUUAUUUUUUCCUCCUCCACACAUCCAUAGACUUUCCACUCCUUCUUCUUCCUCCUCUGCUCUGCCAGGGGUUGAAUAUUUCUAACUGCAUGUUGCGAGGCCCGACAGUCUUUUUGAUAAUGUAUCUCUAAACUGCCUGUGUCGUUUCAUGCAUAUUCUCUGCCUUUUAAUUAGCCUCUCUGUUCGAAACACACACAAAAAUCCAUGCAGAGAUACACAGCCACUGUACAAACACGCCUGCAAACACAUACAUAGUUAAACAGAUGCGUACAGCAGCCUCAUGUCAUCUGUCGCUCCUUCUAAAUCUAUCUAGUAUGAGCUUGCAUGUGUUGGUUUCAGGGAGAGCCUGUCUCCGUGUCUGUAUAUAAGAGAGAUAUAAUAAAAGGAGUCCUGUUUGAUAGAACUUGAAGUGGUGAAGAGGCCAGAUGCCCCAACCAGUUCCAGUUAAACUCCCUGAUUAAUGGGCUUCACUUGAUCGACCAUCUGAUAAAUGGAAAAAUCCAACAUUUCUCACUAAGCCUUAGUUCUCUCUUAGGUCUCCAGUGGAUUGACAUAAAAAAAAAGUUCUGGUCUCUGAGCACUGCCAAUGUCGAAGCUCACAUCAACUCCCCCCCUCCAAAAAAACUGGCAAAAGAAAAUGUGCGUUAAUGGACGCUUCCAUCUGCAUCUACUAAAGACCUGUAGAAGAAGAGGGUGCACUGAGAUCAUGUUGCCUGUGAACAUGAUUGAAAUUAGACAUUUUUCUUUAAAUUUGCAAGUUCAUGCCCAUCACAGAUCCAGUGUUUUUCUAGACAAACUAUUUUAAUUUCAGCAACCAGACACCAUCUUUGAGUCCAACAUCCACUUCUCCUGAAACAUUUAUAUUUUGCAACAAAGGAGCUCUGGCAUGAUUCAUUUUGUGCAGUCGUUUUCAAGAGGUAAUUCUGUUUUGUUUUUUUUUGUAAGUAGGGUUGUACUCAUUCAUAUUUAGCAUUUUACCUAAAAUAGAUUGCCACGCCUCCAGUUUGAAGAAGCAGUCAUGAGUUACAGCACAGAAGGUCAAACAAGCACCACCUUAAUUCAAGCGCAUGCCAUAUUUUGAGUUUUACUGCUUCACCUGCUCAUCAGAGAAACGUUUCUAACGGCUUCUUAGCCUCCAGACUCCAUCGACUAAAGCAUGUGCAAGUUUUUGAACAAAUCUAUUCACAAGUCAAACAAAAAAGUCACUCAUGAACCUAUAGCUUGAGGCAGCUGUAGCCCUGCAAACGUCAUAUGCUGCUAGGUUAAAUUGCUGUUUUUCUCAAUGGAGUCUGGGGGCAGGAGAGAGAUGGCUAUAGAUCAAUGUAACGGUUUCAGUUACCCAUUGGAAAUGGUCUGUCUAAUGGUAAAGCAGUUAUAAUAUUCUACAUAUAGCUCAAGUGUAUGUCGAUUGAUCUAGGUGGCUAAAAAUGCAUUUUGCUGCAGCUUUGUGCCAAUACAAAGCUUCUAUAAAACUGAGAUGAGUAACAGCACAGAAGCUCAAACAAAGCCCACCUCAGUUUAAAUUUUCGCCAUAUUUUGAAUAUUACACUUCACCUGGUCGUCAGAUUAAUCUUUUCUAAUGAGACUAAAGCUGAAUCUUCCAAGUUCAGCGAUUUCACGUUGCAAAACGCAAGUUCCUUGUCUCUGUGUGAGUUUUUUAAUGCAUAUAAGUCAUAAAAUACUACAAAGAAACCAAAGGAUAGAAGAAACUGUAGCCCUGCAACGUCUGUGUUCUGCUAAGUUAAAUUACUGUUGUUCUCAAUAGAGUCUGAUGGCAGGAGAGACGUGGCUAAGAGAGCAUAGAUCAAUACAACGUUUCAGUUACCCAUUGGAAAUGUUCUGUCUAAUGGCACGGUAAAGCAGUAAUAAGAGUCUAAAUAUAGCUCACGUUUAACAUGAUCGUUUUAGGUGGCUAAAAAUACGUUUCCCCAGUGAGUAGUUCAUCGCUCAGCUUCUGAGCUAAUACUCCUGUCUGCUUCUCCAAGCUGACCACCAUCUACUGUAGGUAAUACUCCUCCCAUAGAUCCUCAUACAAAGCCGCUUCAUGGAAACUAAGCUAUCAGUCUAAAAUGAAAUAUAAUACAAUCGUAAACUAUUCUCUGUCCGUGUGGUUAUAUGAGACAAUUCCUUCUUAAUUCCAGUCAGGAAUCCUCGCUUAAUAUUUUACAGGAGUACAAAUACUCCCGUAAUUUGGAAUCACUAGAAAAUGGACCAAAGACUUCCAUGGUUAACAUCUUGUCUCCGUAAAUGUGAACCAAAAUGUAAAUGUUCUUUACCACUCACGAUUGUUUUUCCACACACUUGGAGCGUUGGGCAGCCACACAAGCUUCACCCAGGGAACAGUUUAGCAGUUAAACACCGUGGCACUUCACCUGCAACUGCUGAGGAGAUUCGAACCAAUGUCCCUCCAGUCCUAAAGUCCAGUUUUCUAACUGUUAAUCUACAUCUUCUUAACCUCAUGAGACCCUGCGUCUUUAUGUGCAGGCAUUAAGUUUUAGGUUUUAUUUCAGCCUCUUUAGCUUCAUUUAGACCCAUUGUCCUCAUUAGUGGACACUUAAGUCUUAGUCAAAGGUUAAAACCUAUUUAUCAUGCUUUUGAUCAAGCUUGAUAUGACGUGCAAAUUUAACAAGUUAGGCAAUUGUUUCUAAUUAGCAGGUACUUGUUUGAGGACGUUUGGACUUCAUAGUUUGCAAUUCUGGUUUUGCUCAGCCAUGUUCAGGUAUUAAAAUAAACUGUUUUAUAUUUUGUCACACAUUGGUGACUUUUGACUAUCAUAAUAUAAAUAAUGAAAUAAUCCCGGUGUCCACAUAUGAGGACAUUGUUUUUUCAAAAAUUGCUCCUUCCUGUUCAAAGAUGAUGCUUAAUUUUCAGACGUCUGAGGUCCUACUUAUCAAUAAUACCUUGGAGAAAUUAAACCUGCAUGCCAAAUAAAAGUUCAGGUCUCAGGAGGUUAAAGUCCUUAGAUGUUAUUAGCUAAUAUGCAUACGACAUUAUAAACUGGGUUUUAUUUUACUAGUUUCUUUGCUUCAAAUUAACACUAGAGCACUAGACACUCUUUAGCUGGCUUUGAUGAACAUCAUCUGAGGGAAUGUGAGAGUCAUCAAACUGACAGUGACUGCUCCAUCAAUUACAAUACCUGCUACUGAACAUUACUGUCAAACAGGAUGAUUGUACAGGACUGAUUAAAACCCAUGAAGGAACAUCUGCAAAGCUGUAGAAAGAUGGAGAAUGAUGGAUACAAGCAGUUCUCAAAUUAGUCAUGUGGAGUUUUAAAACGAUUAGACUCACACAUGAACAAAAGAAUCAGCUUUAUCAACUUAUAAUAACUUCCAAUAAUGAAGUGAAGAAAACCUGAGCUCUCUGAGCUGAAGUGUACCGGGCUUGUUUUUCAUCUGGUGCUUCCCCAGGUAUGAAAUCUCCCGAGGCUCUUCCUUGGCAGCCCGUGUUGUAGUCCUACAGUAUCGGACCAGCGUGUUCUCCAGUCAUAAUCACAAGCCACUCACAUUGCCAACUGGAUUUCAUGCUCCCGCAGUCGAAGCUUGGCCCUGCAGGCCUGAUGAAACUGAUUGUUAUUCUAAAUGGUUGCAGGUAACAGUUGUUUCUGUCUGGCGCAGGAUCAGAAACACUAUCAGAUUAGAGACAGCCAGCGAGAGAUGAGCACACCUGGAAAACAAACACAGUUGUGCCUAGCUGAAGAUUGGAUCCACUUGUCUAGCAGCGAGUGCGUCUUACACAAGGGGGCUUUAGGAUAUAUGUUUUUUUUUUCUUUUUCCCUUUUGUUCUUCAAGAAAAUAUAAAUAAAAUAAAAUAGAAUCAAAGCCAGGGCUGACUUUAAAAGCCAAGUUUUUGCAGAAGCAGAAAAUCCCCAAAGGCCACAGCCUUGCACUAACUUUAGGAGAGGAUGGAAAUAAAUAAAAAUGUAUUAGACAAAGAGUUCCAGAGAGAGAUGUGUUUCACCUCAAGAGCUGAAAGAGCCCGACUACCUUCGCCACUGGCAACUUUGUGAAAUAGACCUACAGGGUUGAACCAAGAGUCAUUUAGUUUAAAUGUCAAAAGCAGUUUUCUCAACCUGUGUUUUCAUGUCACACUGAAGCUGAAACUUUUUUUUUUUUUACCCUGGUUGAUACAAUUCGGCAGAAAAUAAAAUCAAAGCAGAAAAGAAGCCCAAUCAGCCCAAAGCUGCUUCCUGUUCUUCUUCUUUUUCUUUUUACUUAAGGGACUUCAACCGGAGUUAUGCUUGAAUGGUUUAAAGAGGCUGCCGUAGUUUUGAACUUUAAUUAAACUGACAGAAUUAGCAAUUAGAGGCCUCCGCGGCUGAUUCACUAAGGUGCAGCAGUUUCAGAAGUGUCUCCACGGAGCUCAGAUAAGAUACUAAAUCUGAGUCGACUAGAAACACGACCCUGCACAGGACACUCGGGCUGGAUGCGCGUUCGUGUAAAUCCACACCUACAGCACAGUGAGAUGAGUCAUUACGAGCUGGCGUUGUUUUAUGGGAAUAGAAGUAGUUCAAUUUCUGCACAGAGUUGCUCCGAAACACAGAGGAAAAACUCAUGAAAUCUCUUUUAUGAGAAGUUAUGCUGUAUGAACAAAUCCGAUUUCAGAGUUGGUUCUCAAUAACACCGCGGUGUAAAUGUAACAUUAUUGAUCGGAGCAGAGCAGGAAUUAUUUUCCAGCGCUGCAUCUGAGGCUUUUGUACAUCUCUCCGCCUCCAGUAGCAGCAGCUCUGACAAAUAGUUUCAAUUGGAACAGAAAUGAUGGCAGGAGAAAGAGAAACCGUCAGAAACACCGAUAUAUCAUUGUCCUAUUAGUGGCACUUUACAUCUGGAGAUGAUGCCAUUUCUUUAUGUUCUUUCUUUCCUUUUUUUUGUUUUUUUUUUGUUAAUCAAACGUGAAUCCCUACAGAUCUUUAAUUCAUUUAUUUUCAGCGUUUAACAAUCAGACCACAUAUGACAUUUGAGUGGAGGCUACUCUGACCUGCAGGAACACUUACUAUCCACUUGACAUUGCAGAGUUCAAUCGAUCUUCGGCCAACAGGGAACACCAGGCUGCAGAAAUACUAACCGUACAGCAACAGAGAGUCGUCCGCCUACCUGCAUCAGUGUCUUACUUUAAGAUUUAUUUCUCAUCAGAUAUAAAGAUAAAUAAAAACCUGCCGAGCACCAAAUGCACUUUGUUAUUAGGCUUGUUUUGAAGUAGCUGAUGUAGAUUUGUCCUUUUUGUCUUAUGGUUAAGCUGAAUGCCACAUAACUGUAAGGUCAACAGAUGCUUAUUACAUCCCCCGCACAAGCCUUAUUUUCACACUACUACUACUAGCACCCGCACUUUUAUGUUAGUUUUAACGAAACUCAUCAAGUCACUGGGAGAUUUUAAAGUGUGCACGAAUCACAAUUAAGCCCGAGCUGCCACGGUCUGCCAACUUUUGCUAAUUUUGUUAACUUUACCCUAUUGUGUGUGUGUAUGUCUAUUUUUUUUUUAGUUAUUAUUCAUUUUUUUGUUCAUUUGAUUUGAAAAGCACCAGAGCUUAACGUAUCUGGGGAUUUAAUCAUUGUGAUUAAAAACACAAAAAUGAAGCUGCCUGCCAGACCUAAAUAUCCUUCAAGUAUAAAAAAAAAACCUUAAUAUUUCACUCUUUACACAAACAUUUCUCUCAGUUUUGAGCUUCAGAGUAAAGCAGUUAUCUUUUCUCGCUGGUGUAUCAUUAGCUAUAAUACAGAGUAGAAGGUGACAGUUUUGUCUUUGUGCUAAUCCUCUUAGAAAUCAGUUGUUCACAGUGAUUAACGUCAGCGCAUCAGAACCAGUUCAGUGACGUUAAACAGAGAGGAGCUCAGCGACACUUAUUUGCUUUCUUUUCAAGACUUAGAUGAGAAGUUGUCUAACAAAGGAGAGAUGCAGGCGUGCUUUCUAGACUUCACACAUCACACAUUAACACAUGCAAUAUCGCUUUAAAGGUAUUUGCGCCCCUGGGAAUUAUUGUCAUUUCUGCAUAAAACUGAUGCAUUUUCACUCAAGUCCUGAACGUAGACCAAGAGAAUCCAAAUGAAUAUACUGUAUAUACAUACUUGUGCAUUUAUAUAUUCAGGUAUGCUGCAGAGACAGCAGCUAAAUAUUUCCAUUACGUGUCAUCUACAGUGUCUUGGAGGAAUUUUGCUCGUUUCUGAAUAUAGAACUGCUUCAGUUCUGACAUGUCAGUGGGUUUCCUGGCAUAAAUUGCUUGCACUGGGUCCUUCUACAACAAGAGAUUUGUUCUCAAUCUGCCUGACUGUGGAUUUGUUGAUUCCAACAACCUUUUCCAGCCUGAUGAGCAACACCAACUCUUAUAGGCGGUUUGUGUUUCUGCAUAAAGUUGGUGGAGAGGCUGCGGCGACAAUGCAGACAUCUACACAAAGCCUUCUCAGGGCCUAGCGCCGUAUCCUCCCCAGAAAUGUAACUACUAAAUAAAUGUUUGAAUUUAUUGUUUUGGAUCAAUAAAGAAUUACUAAGUUUAACUGA